AUGGAGCCCCUCUCCUUCCAGGAAUACGUCUGCUCCCUGGACCCCACCACCCUGCCCCGCAUCCUCAGGAUUUGCUCUGGUGUUUACUUCCAAGGGUCUGUGUACGAGAUCUCAGGCAACGAAUGCUGCUUGUCAACGGGCGACCUGCUGAAAGUCAUGGCCGUGGCGCUGCAGAAGGUCAUUUGUGAGGACACGGAGACGGGGCAGACAACGGAGCUGCCACCGACAUUUAAGGCCUGCCCCAGCCCCGAGGCCGUGCCCAACGAGAGGGGCAAGCACCGGGGCCUGACGCUGCACCAGGUGCUGGGGAAGUGGGGUGGGCGGCCACAGCCCCUGCUCUGCCCCUCCAUUGGCCCCCACACCCUGCUCCUGCACCCCGUCUAUGAGGUGCACGCCGCCAUGCACCUGCGUCGAGACGUGGUGAAGAUCCCCUCCACGCUGGAGGUGGAUGUGGAAGACGUCACAAAGGAGGCACAGGAUGCCCGCUUCUCCCGACCACUUCUGCUGAGCGAAGUGCUGGGCAUGGAGGAGAUGCUACCAGCCCAGGCUGAGAUCCUGGAGG